AUGGGUUCUUCAUCAGGUUGGACAGAAAUCCCUGGUCUUACGCCUCUGGAGCGUAUCGGCCCCAAGGGCUACAUCCGGUACAUCUUCCCCUUUCAGCUACCAGAAGACUACGACAUUGAAAAGACGGUUUCCAUCCUUAGAGAAGGUUAUGAAGCCGCUCAAAGGAGAAUUGCAGUCAUGGACUGUGAAGCUGUCCCCGAUGUAAACGCAAGACAAGGCGGGAUCUUGAAGCUUCAAAGACUCCCUCCUGGAGAAGUAGAGGGUAUCACAGUCAAGGACCUAAGAGCACCGAGUGCCUUCCCAAUGACAUACGCCGAGCUCAAGUCCAAGGCCUUCCCUAUGUCCUCCUUCAAUGCAGACACCUUCAUGCGUCGGUCCGUCUGGCCGUACCCUGGCGAGCGCCUCCCUGUUUCACUGCCCCAAGCCAACUUCAUUCAAGGCGGCCUCAUCCUGUCUUGGUGUUUUUAUCACAUGUUUGGCGAUGGAAAGACAUUCCUUAUCUGGACCAAGAUAUGGGCGGAAGAGUGCCGCCGUGCACAAGGCCUGGAGGUCGCCAACCCUUUCAAUCUCAGCGAAGCUCUUCUCAAAGACCGCCAACGGGUUAUGAGCCCUUCUGGCGAGAACAAGGGACAAAUUGAAGAUCACCCGGAAUAUACUGUUUUGCCCUUUACGCCGCAGGGUAUGCCUCCCAAUAUGCUCUCAGAGAACCACCGCGGACAGGUCUUCUACUUUUCACCCGAGUCCCUUGCUAGACUCAAGGCCGAAGCCUCACCGCAAAACGCAACGGUGCCGACGAAGCAGACUUGGAUCUCCACCAACGACGCCCUCGCGGCUCUGCUAUGGCGCACAGUCAUGGCUGUGCAAUCCCCUCUUGAGACUUUGGAGGGCGACCCGGUGUCUGUUUUCAACAUUGCCGUCGACGGUCGCCAGCGCACUGAUCCACCAGUUCAUCCGGAUACUAUGGGCUGCUUCCUCGGCUAUGUUGCGGCCUCUGCUCCGAUUCGUAAGAUUAUUGGAUCGGCAAACCUCGCUGACCUAGCCAUCAUGGUUCGCGAAGCGUUACUUCGUGCAGACAACCAGUUUGUUGAUGACGUUACAACGCUGAUUGAUAGCCUGGAGGACAUCAAUCGCAUUCUUCCCACUGCGCUUCUCGACGUUCCAGGUAACAACUGCAUUCUGACCUCGUGGGUUAGCUUUUCACUUUAUGAUGUUCAAUGGGGCUCAGUCCUUGGUAAUAGUAUUGAAGCUGUUCGCUCACCGCACGUUGGAUUUAUCAAUGGACUGCAGACUAUUCUUCCAAUAUUGCCGAAUGGAGGAAUGGAGAUCCUUGUCGGGGUUGAAGAGAACUGCUUGGACAGGUUGAUGCAUGAGCCAUUGUGGAUGAAGUUUGCCGAGUCGAGAUAG